AUGGCAGAACUCAAGGUGGAGACCCGAGCCAGCGUAGACUGGCAGAAGCGCUGCCUGGCCUUGGAAACCCAGCUCUUCCGGUUCCGCCUGCAGGCCAGCAAGAUCAGGGAGCUGCUGGCUGACAAGAUGCAGGAGCUGGAGCAGAGGCUGCUGGAGGCAGAGCAGAGAGCAGAGAAUGCGGAGACCCAGGUGGGUGUGAUGGAGGAGAAGGUGAAAUUGUCCAAUCUGAAGAAUGUGGACUCAGCCGGCAGCCUGCACCGGAAGUACCAGGAAUUGCUGAAAGCCAUGCAGAGCAAAGAUGAGCUUAUCAGCCAGCUGGAGGCACAGCUGGAGAAGCAGCUUGAGUUGGAGAAUCAGCACCUGAGGAGUAGUAAUCAGCAGUUGGUAGAGCAGGUGGGAGCUCUUCAAGAUGCUCUAGAAGCUCUUCAGAUGGCACCUUCGGGAAAGUUGUUGGUGGCCCCCCAGGAAACCCCAGAGCAGGAUUCUGGCUCUUCGGGGCCAGGGACCCAGCCGACAGGGCAGGACCGUGGUCCUCAGGCCCAGGGUGCCCUGAAGGCAGCUAUGCCUGCACCUUCUACAGGUGCUCUGCAGAGCAAGGACUGUGUUCCUAAAGCAGGAAUUUCCUUGGAGGAUUCGAGUUCCAUCAUGGUCCAUCCUGGAGAAAUAUCAGAGGCCAAGACCUUUCCACCUCGUCUGGGAAGAGAGGGCUCUCCCCGCCGGCUGUGUGUGAAGUCUCGCACCCACAGACAUGGUUCAGCUUCCUGGGGUGAGGGCCUGGUCAUUGCUCAGGGUGGGACACUCCCUGGGACAAAGAACUCUGCCAGGGAAGGUGGUCCGGGCUGCAGCCUGACUCUCCCGAAGGUGCGGGCCCCCAGCAACCCCCGGGACAGCAUCCAGCUGGCCAAGCGGCACCACAGCCAGCCCCAGGUGGGCCCUGGGCCCUUCAACCACGUGGUGAGCAUUGAGGUUGGGACCCUCUCAGCCCUCCACCCCUCCAGCCUUCCUGAGGUGGAGGCCCGAGCUGAGCUCCGGGAGGAACCAGAAAACAUGGAGAUGGAGGAGCAACCCCCAGCCGGGAAGAAGGAGGAAAGAAAGAGCCCGAAGGCCCCCAGAGCUGAGCCGGAGGAAGUGGAUUUGGGCAACAAACCUCCCACACCCCCUCUGCACCGGUUUCCAUCCUGGGAGAGCCGGAUCUACGCGGUGGCUAUGGCUGGCAUGCGGCUCUCAGACGCAUCUCCCAGAACUAUUGCCACCUGUUGCGCUUCAAGCCCUCCUGCCCUUGCGUCCCCUGGGCCUUUCUCUGGCCUUGUCUACAAGAAUGUCACCGUGCCUGUCUACACAGCCCUGAAGGGGAGAGCCACGCAGAUCAGCACUGUACCCUUUGUGGACGAGUCCUCUGGGUCUGACGAUGACUGCAGCUCUCAGGCGAGUUUCCGAACUUCGGUCCCCUGCUCUGAGUCCAGGAAGACCAGUGGACUGGGCAGCCCUCGGGCCAUCAAGAGAGGUGUCUCCAUGUCCUCGCUGAGCUCCGAGGGAGACUACGCCAUCCCCCCAGACGCCUGCUCGCUGGACAGUGACUACUCAGAGCCUGAGCACAAACUACAGCGCACCUCGUCCUACUCCACCGAGGGGCUGGGCCUGGGCGGGGAGUCCCUGGAGAAGUCGGGCUACCUGCUAAAAAUGGGGAGUCGGGUGAAGACGUGGAAGAGGCGCUGGUUUGUCCUGAGACAGGGACAGAUUAUGUACUACAAGUCCCCGAGUGAUGUCAUCCGGAAACCUCAAGGUCAAGUGGAACUGAAUUCCCGUUGCCAAAUUGUUCGAGGGGAGGGUGCACAGACAUUCCAGCUUAUCUCUGAGAAGAAAACCUAUUACCUGACGGCUGACUCACCCAGCCUGCUGGAGGAGUGGAUCCGAGUACUGCAGAGCCUGCUGAAGGUCCAGGCCAUUGGGCCUCUGGCCCUGCCGCAGGGUGGCAUCAAGCCCACCGUGAAGGGCUGGCUGACUAAGGUAAAACAUGGCCACUCCAAGCUGGUCUGGUGUGCUCUUGUUGGGAGAACCUUCUACUACUAUCGGAGCCAUGAGGACAAGCGACCCCUGGGCCAUCUGCCUGUGCGGGAUGCACGCAUAGAGGAAGUAGAUCGAUCCUGUGACUCAGACGAAGACUAUGAGGCUGGCGGAACCAGGCAGUUGCUUUCCUCCCACUGCACCCUGGUGAUUCACCCCCGAGAGCACAGCCCUACCUACCUCCUCAUUGGCACCAAGCAUGAAAAGGACACGUGGCUUUACCACCUCACGGUGGCUGCAGGUGGCAGCAGUGCCCGGGUUGGCACUGCCUAUGAGCAGCUCAUUGGGAAACUGAUGGAUGGGGAGGGAGACCCAGAUUCCCCUCUCUGGAGGCACCCCAUGCUGUGUUACAGCAAAGACGGGCUAUACACCUCCCUCACCACCCUGCCCUCGGAGGCCCUGCAGACCGAGGCUCUCAAGCUCUUCAAGUCCUGCCAGCUUUUCAUCAACGUGCCUGUGGAAGCGGCCUCCGUAGACUAUCACGUGUCCCUGGCCCAGACGGCACUACAGGUCUGCCUGGUUCACCCCGAGCUGCAGAGUGAGAUCUACUGCCAACUGAUGAAGCAGACCAGCUGCCGCCCACCUCAGAAGUACUCCCUCAUGCAGUGCUGGCAGCUCCUGGCUCUGUGUGCCCCACUUUUCCUGCCUCAGCACCACUUCCUCUGGUACAUCAAACAGCAGCUCCAGCGCCAUGCAGAUCCCACAAAUGAAACUGGCCAGUAUGCCACCUACUGCCAGCGGGCAGUGGAGCGGACUCUACAGGUGGGGGAGCGGGAGGCCAGGCCGUCACGCAUGGAAGUGGUGUCCAUCCUGCUGCGCAACCCCUUCCACCACUCCUUGCCCUUCAGCAUCCCCGUGCACUUCGCCAAUGGGACUUACCAGGUGGUUGGUUUUGACGGCUCCUCCACAGUUGAUGAGUUCCUCCAGCGUCUGAACCAAGAGACGGGCAUGAGGAAGUCAUCCCACUCUGGCUUUGCCCUCUUCACAGAUGACCCUUCUGGCAGGGACCUGGAACACUGCCUGCAGGGGAGCAUCAAGAUCUGUGAUGCCAUCUCCAAGUGGGAACAGGCCCUGAAGGAGCUGCACUCUGGAAAGGCUGAGGGUGGCACACGUGUGGUGAAGCUGAUGUACAAGAACAGGCUGUACUUUCGGAGUCAAGUCAAAGGGGAGACGGAGCGGGAGCGGCUGCUGCUUGCCUCCCAGACUAGCGGGGAGAUAGUGGCAGGGAGGUUUCCUGUCAACAAGGAGCUGGCUCUCGAGAUGGCUGCCCUGAUGGCCCAGGUAGAAUAUGGAGACUUAGAGAGGCCCACCCCACCAGGCCCUGGGAGCACACCCCCUGCCAAGCUUCAGCAUCACCUCCAACAAGUCCUAGACAGGUUCUACCCAAGGCGCUACAGACACGGGGCACCCCCUGAACAGCUGAGGCACCUGGCAGAUCUGCUGACCACAAAGUGGACCGCACUGCAAGGCUGCUCCCCUCCUGAGUGCAUCCGCAUCUACCUGACAGUGGCCCGGAAAUGGCCUUUCUUUGGUGCUAAGCUUUUUGCUGCUCAGCCUGCACAGCUGUCUUCCAAGGAGAAUGCUCUGGUGUGGAUUGCUGUGAAUGAGGAUGGGGUCAGCAUCCUGGACCACAGCACUAUGCAUGUGCACGUCACUUACCCCUACUCUUCAGUAAUGACCUUCGGUGGCUGCCGGGAUGACUUCAUGCUUGUGAUCAGAUCCAUUCUGGACCAGAGCUCUGGAAAAGGCCACACUGAAAAGUUGCUCUUCCGGAUGGCUGCUCCCAAGAUUGCAGAGGCUACCUUCAUCAUGGCCAGCUACAUGAACCAUUACUCUCCAACUGUGAACCCACCUACGAACCCACCUGCUGCCCGCCAGCUACGGGAACUGGACAGACAGCAGCUUUUUGCUUCUGUUCCAUGUGCUGCCAGAGGGCCAACGUUGCUGUGA